AAAGAAAACCACAUUUAGCCAUUUCUUUCAAUCUUCCAUUGCGAUUUCCCCUAUUCCCUUUCUUCCUCUUACCCUUUUUACCUUCGCGAAACAAGAACAAGGUAGCCCACUUCCAGCAUUUCGCCAUUUCUCCUUUUUUUUUUUUCUUUUUUCUCUUUCUCUCUCGACUCUUUCACUCGCUGCGAGCUGUUCUUGCGAAAGGGUGCGUGGAGAUUCUUACCGCUUAGUUUCUGAGGAGGAUUUUUGUGAAAUGGUUGUCGUUUUUGACCAGUUUGUGGCGUGAUUCGCCUCUUUUAAGUCGCAGGGAGCUUAUACUCGUCUUUCUCAUUUCGUCAUCAUGUUUCCCUGAAAUCAGGACAGAUGGGAACAGCCUCUGUACAAUGUCUGACUAACAGUAUUUCCAGAUUCAUUCAUCUAGUUUCAUGCCACACUACAAAGCCUUUGCCUCUUCCUAAGAGCUGCAAGGAUCUUGUUGUUGUAUUAAAACUUCUAAAACUCGUGCUCGAUGAUGUCAUUAGCCUCAAACUAUCUUCCGAUGAGUUAGAUCAUAGGGAAUGUGAGUUGCUGGAUACAGCUGUGAAUGAGGCUCAAGAAUUCCUCGAAAACUGGUGUCCGAAGACGAGCAAAAUUUGCAGUGCUUUGAAAUGUGAUCCACUACUUAUAAAAAUUCAAGACGCUUCCCAAGCGGUCUGUGAGAAGGUUUGGAAGUCGUCUGAAUCGGUAUCGUGCAGCUCAAGUCUAAAUGCUGUUCAGAAAUGUCUUGAAGGCCUUCAAUCAUUGAAGCAAGAAAGGAUAUCUGAAUCCAUAGAAGAGGCUCUAAUCAGUCAAAGAAGUGGCAUUGGCCCGAACUCUGAACAACUUCUAAAAAUAAUCGAAGCACUUCAUUUGUUGUCGAAUCAAGAACUUCUGAAGGAGACGAUAGCCAUCGAAAAGGAAAGAAUCGACGCUGAAUGCAACGAUGCGAAGGAGGAACUGCAUCGCAUCAACCAAAUUAUGGAUCUAAUUAUUCGUAUGCGCGAUUGGAUGGUUAGAAAAGACUACUUUCAUGGGAUAAAUGGAGUCUCGGUUCCUUCUUAUUUUCGCUGCCCGUUGUCAUUAGAGUUGAUGCUCGAUCCAGUAAUUGUGGCAUCUGGCCAAACUUACGACAGAUCCUCCAUUCAAAAAUGGAUUGAUAGCGGGCUAAACAUUUGCCCCAACACUCAUCAGAUGCUCACACAUACAAAUCUCACCCCCAAUUACACUGUUAAAGCCAUGAUAUCAAAUUGGUGCGACGAAAACAAGCUGAACAUUUCCAGUUUAUCGUCGUUGGCUUUGAAUCGAAGCGAUAGCUUUCGUUAUUCUUUGCAUGGCAGUAAUUCAACUGCAAGAUCAUCCUCUGAAGUUGACAAGGGUUCUGACAACCAAAAUGGGGAUGUUUUUGCUCGUUUAAUCGGGGAAAAUUCGAAUGAAGGUCAGGGGAACGAAGCAGAAAAGUUUGAUCCCCCGUCUCCGCAGCAGUCGUAUAUCUACAGCAGAAGUGUAUCAACCUCCAGUGCUUUCUCUAGCAUCGAUUACAUUCCAUCAGCAUUUAAUGAGUCGUUGAAGACAUCAAAUAAACACGAACAUACGAAGGAAUUAUCUGGAGAAAUCACAUCAGAGCGUCCUGCUGCAUCUCGUAGUGAAGCGUCGGGGAUUACUUCGUCGUUAGGAGGUGGACAAUUACAGGCUUGUAAAACAGAAACAGGCAUAGUGGAGAAUGGAAACUGCAAUGGUGGAAUGGAUAACUUAUCCGGAGAUUUGCAUAUCAAGAAAUUAAUAGCAGACCUUAAGAGCCAAAGGGAUGAAGUUCAAAUGAAGGCUGCAGAAGAAUUGAGACUUCUUGCCAAGGACAAUGUCGAGAAUCGUGUUAUUAUAGGUCGAUACGGGGCAAUAGGCCCCUUACUUUCGUUGUUAUAUUCAGAACGAAAGCUGAUACAAGAACAUGCCGUGACAGCUCUGUUAAAUCUUUCAAUUAAUGAAAACAAUAAAGCUAUGAUUGCAGAAACUGGAGCUAUAGAACCACUUAUUCAUGUUUUGAAGACAGGAAGCUCUGCUGCUAAAGAAAAUUCUGCAGCAACUUUAUUCAGUCUCUCUGUAUUAGAAGAAUACAAGGCCAAAAUUGGUCGGUCCGGUGCGGUGAAAGCCUUGGUGGAUCUCUUAGGUGUGGGUACUCUGAGGGGCAAGAAAGAUGCAGCUACAGCUUUGUUCAACUUAUCUAUUUUUCACGAAAACAAGGCUCGUAUCAUUCAGGCAGGAGCUGUUAAGUACCUUGUCGAGCUUCUAGACACAGGCGAAGGUAUGGUCGACAAGGCUGCUGCACUUCUUGCUAACUUAUCCACAAUUUCGGAGGGACGAUUGGGAAUCGUGAGGGAAGGGGGCAUCCCCCUGUUGGUAGAAAUUGUCGAGUCUGGAUCGAUGAGAGGAAAGGAAAAUGUUGCAUCUAUUCUAUUGCAACUAUGCCUUCAUAGUUCCAAGUUUUGCACCUUGGUUCUCCAAGAAGGAGCUGUCCCGCCCCUUGUUGCCUUAUCUCAGUCUGGCACACCUAGAGCAAAAGAAAAGGCACAACAGCUGCUCAGUCAUUUUCGGAAUCAAAGAGAUGGAAGCACAGGGAAAGGAAAGUGAUAGGAAGAGAACUUUCUCAAUGCAUAAUUAAUAUUGAAGGGUAUAAUCUCCAUCAGUUUCUUCUCAAAUGAUUGUGUAUUACAGACUUAAAUUCUUUAGUUAUGAAUUAUAUCUUUGAUCUUAAUGUGUAAAUGUAGGAUUCCUGUUCUUUUCUUCUCUUCCGUGAAUCUAGACUCGUAGGUUCUAGAUUCUAGUUUUGCUUUGAGCUUGGCAAGAACAUAGCAUGGACAGUUCCCACUGCUGUGGAUUUAGGCUUUAGGCUACUGGUUCUGUUGUGAGUGUUGUACAUAUAAUGUAUAUUGUGGACUGCUGACUCUUGAAUUUUUCCAUUUAUUUGUUUAUUAUACCCGGGAGACGGGCUUUGCUUCUCUAUACUUGAGAGAC